UGCGGCCUCCGUGCCAGGGUGACCGGUAGGGCCGUAGCCGAGGUGGCGGCGCGGGGCGGGGCAGGCGGACAGAGGAGGAAGGAGGCGGCGGUGCAGGAUGGCGGCGACGACCUACGAGCGGCUGAAGCUGCAUAUCACACCUGAAAAAUUUUACGUGGAAGCUUGUGAUGAUGGAGCAGAUGAUGUACUUAUCAUCGACCGUGUGUCCACAGAGGUCACCCUCGCAGUCAAGAAAGAUAUUCCCCCUUCAGCUGUCACAAGACCAAUAUUUGGUAUACUGGGCACAAUCCAUCUGGUGGCAGGAAAUUAUCUAAUCGUCAUUACCAAAAAGACAAAAAUAGGUGAAUUUUUCAAUCACGUAAUCUGGAAAGCAACAGAUUUUGAUGUCCUUUCCUAUAAGAGGACUAUGUUGCACUUAACUGAUAUUCAGUUACAAGAUAAUAAAACCUUCCUAGCAAUGAUAAACCAUGUCUUGAAUGUGGAUGGGUUUUACUUUUCAACCACAUAUGAUUUGACCCACACACUGCAGCGGCUGUCCAACACUAGUCCAGAAUUUCAAGAAAUGAGUCUCUUGGAAAGGGCAGAUCAGCGGUUUGUAUGGAAUUGUCAUCUUCUGAGAGAACUUUCUGCUCAGCCAGAGGUAAAUUACAGUAAAAAACCCCUGCUUAUUUGCGACAAGAUGCAUGGAUUUAUUACUAUGCACUCAUGUUCUAUUAAUGGGAAAUACUUCGAUUGGAUUCUCAUCUCGAGGAGGAGUUGCUUCAGAGCUGGUGUGCGCUAUUACGUAAGAGGAAUUGAUUCUGAAGGCCAUGCAGCUAACUUUGUAGAAACAGAACAAAUCGUGCACUACAACGGGAGCCGCGCUUCGUUUGUGCAGACUAGAGGAUCAAUACCAGUUUUCUGGUCUCAAAGACCAAACCUCAAGUACAAACCACGGCCACAGAUCAACAAAGUAGCAAAUCAUAUGGAUGGUUUCCAGAGGCAUUUUGACUCCCAAGUAAUUAUUUAUGGAAAACAAGUCAUACUCAAUCUGGUUAACCAGAAGGGCUCAGAGAAGCCGCUUGAACAGGCAUUUGCAAAAAUGGUGUCUUCCUUGGGAAGUGGAAUGAUCAGAUAUAUUGCCUUCGACUUCCAUAAGGAAUGUAAAAAUAUGAGAUGGGAUCGACUAAGUCUUUUAUUGGAUCAGGUGGCAGAAAUGCAAGAUGAAUUAAGUUAUUUUCUAGUGGAUGCUACUGGCAAGGUGGUGACAAACCAGGAGGGCGUGUUCCGCAGCAACUGCAUGGACUGCCUGGACAGGACCAACGUGAUCCAGAGCCUGUUAGCGCGGCGCUCGCUUCAGGCCCAGCUGCAGAGACUGGGAGUUUUGCAUGUGGGACAAAAGCUUGAAGAACAAGAUGAAUUUGAGAAGAUUUACAAAAAUGCCUGGGCUGACAACGCAAAUGCUUGUGCCAAACAGUAUGCAGGAACUGGUGCCUUGAAGACCGACUUUACCAGAACCGGGAAGAGAACUCAGUUGGGACUUGUAAAGGAUGGCUGGAACUCACUAAUACGGUAUUACAAGAACAACUUUUCUGACGGAUUUAGACAAGAUUCCAUAGACUUAUUUCUUGGGAACUAUUCAGUGGAUGAAUUAGAAUCUCAUAGUCCUUUAAGUGUUCCAAGGGACUUGAAAUUCCUGGCUUUGCCUAUCAUCAUGGUGGUUGCCUUCUCAAUGUGCAUUAUCUGUCUGCUUAUGGCCGGUGACACUUGGACAGAAACACUGGCCUAUGUGCUCUUCUGGGGAGUGGCAAGCAUUGGAACAUUUUUAAUUAUUCUUUACAAUGGCAAAGAUUUUGUCGAUGCUCCCAGGUUAGUCCAGAAGGAAAAGAUAGACUGAAUUUGUGUCUGUGGAAAGCGGCUUGGCUUGGAAGACUCCGUCGUGCAGAACUGGAGUCUUUACUGACCCGCGUUCCACACCCGCCGGAGGCUCCUCUAAAGCCUUUAUCCAAAAGCACGUCCUGCACUCUGUGUAGGGUGAUGACUUCAGACUGAUCUGGUGUGACUGCCCUGGUGAUCUCUUUACCGUUGGCACGGGAUAUUGAUAAAUUGAAGCUAUUCUAUAAUUAAAACGUAACCUGAACAGCUCACAGAAUGGAAGGACUCUACUCAUUGUCAGUUUAAUCAUCUGUUGCAGAAUAAGUAAUAUAUAUUAAAAAAAUCUAGCUUCUUUCAUUAUUUAAAACAGUAAGAUUAUUUUUCUAGCUCAGUUUCAUUGUCAUGGAAGCAGCCACUGUUAGCAAGCAUACUUUCACACACCUUUGGACUUCAGAGUUGAAUAAGAAGCUAACUCGGCUGUGUUUAUCAAAUGUAAGUCUCUUACAUAUAUCAAGUAGUUGGACGGAACAGCCUGUGACUUCAUGGGGUGGGAGGAGAAUGGGGCCUGAUGUCCUUUUGAAGUUUCAGUUCUGUGGAUGAGUUCAGCCAGCUUGAACUGCUGCAGUCGGACCAGCAGUUGUAAGUGUGAUGAAACAGUUCAGAUAUACUUUAUCUUUUUUAAAAGUUGUAAAUGAAAUCAGAGAAUGUAAAGUCUAUCUCUUAUGCUAAUGGUCCAAAGCCGCCUCUGUUUUAAGGAUUGCCUGUGUGCAGAAUACCCUUAGUUGGUCAGCCACUUCCUCCUGGGCACUUUGGUUUCUUUGGGGGUCAUUCCUCGAGAUAGGCAGGCCUCUCACAGUGUCUUGUGCUGAAUUCGACAGUGCACUUGGAGGCAGUAGCUGCCCGCCCAUGCAUGGCACUGUUGAGCUGCUUUUCACUCUGUAAAGGUUUUUGUUAGCUAUCAAUAAGUGUGUCUAAAAUUUAGUGCUUCCAAGAGUUAUAGUUCUCCAAAUCAAGGACCGACUUAAACUUUUAAUUUAUGUGUAAAAAUGAACCUGAAAAAUAUGCUUUAGAGGCCGUGCAUAGGUCUAAGUCGGACUGUAUAUUCAAAUUGUAAUUAUGAGGAUUAAAUAUUAGAAAAGUGUGUAAGGUAGUAUAAUUACCACUAUCUUAAAACAGUUCAAUUAAAUAUUGCUACAAUACUUGUGUUGUGCUUGAAAAUAUGUAUAGUUUUUUCAAUAAUACCUUACGUUUUCCUUAAAUAUCUCUAAAAGCGCCUUUAUUUCAUCAUUACCUUUUUUCCAAUAUUAUCUUUUAUAAACAUUAAUAGGAGUUGUUGCUUUUAGAAACUCUAAGGGAAAUAAUAGCUGGAAAACCAUCUGUAGCUUAAAAUCAGUCAUGAAAACUCACAAUAGGGUAAGUAGUUAGAACUACCUAUUCUUAACAUGUAAAUAAGCGUAAUUUGUCCCAAAGAUUACUAUUGAAACUGAGUUCAGGCCAGCUGUGGCAUAUCAUUCAGAUGCUGCUGGGCAUUUUGCGCAAGAACUGAAUUUGAACUACAUCAGAGACCAAAUCGGAACUGCUAACGGGCUGUUUUGCAGCAAGUGGAUGGAUGCUGGUGUGGCGGGUGGUGAGGUGUCAGGACUUCAGAGCCCUGCAGUGACGUCUAAAUUCACGUACUGUAUAUCCGUAAGUGAGAAUAAAAUGUCAUAUUCUUUUCUAA